CUGGAGCUUUUAUUGCAAAUCAAAAAUUAACAGACUCACCGAAAGCAUAAACAAAGUGAAACGCCAUUCUACUGUAGAUGUUUUUUCGAUCUACAAAUGAACUGAAGCACACUUUGCCUUGUUAACACUACAUGUAUCCGCCAUGCAUAAUCUGUACUGGACGUUUUUACUGCUAACAGUGCCCCUGGUAACAGUAGACAGUGUUACCGUUAUAAAAAACAAUGAAAGUAUCAUAGCAGAAGCCAUUAUACAAAACCUUGGACUGUCAACAAGUCGACCCGUACUCGACCCGAAUACAGUAACCAAUGUAACGCUAGAAUUUAUGUUAAUUCGAAUUAUAGAGCUGAAUGAUGUUAACCAGGAACUGAAAAUCGCAAGCUGGACCAAUAUGAAAUGGCAAGACGAGCGUAUUACCUGGAACGCAUCUGAAUAUGGUGUUAAUUGUGUGUAUAUUCCUGUAAAUGAAAUUUGGAUACCCGAUCUAACUCUGGAAAAUAACGUUGACGAAGAAUAUAACCAGUUCCAACCGAAUACACCAGUUGAGGUAUGUUCAGAUGGUAGAGUGAACUACUCGACAUAUACUAUAUUUCGCAGUUCCUGUCAUAUUAGCAUAGCGUUAUUCCCAUUCGAUAACCAGACGUGUACCUUGCGAUUUUCUUCAUGGAUCUACGAUAUCUUUCAUCUAGACAUUAAUCCACAUAUACUUACUUCUGACCAAGGUUACCUAUUCGAAGAUUACGGAGUUUGGAGACUUUUAAGCAUAGAGAAAAGGCGCAAAGUAAACGAAUACAAGGAGAAUAUUCACCCGUUUGUAUACGCUGUAUUUACCAUUUACAUUAGGCGACGUUACAGGUUUUACUUUUUGUUUAUUUUGAUUCCAUACUCCUUCUGUUCGGUUCUCAUAUGCUUGAUGUUCUUCAUUCCGUUCGAGAGUGGUGAGAAGCUAUCGUACGGAAUCACAGCUGUGCUGGGAUUAAUUGUUUUUCAAGAAAUCAUUGCAAUGUCAUUGCCGCCCGUUGGCAACGAAUCCUCAGUUAUUGGAAAAUUUUUCACAUCUGUGAUCGGCAUUGGAAUCAUGUCAUUGAUUGUGGAAAUAAUCGUUUAUAACAUAUAUAUGCAAGGGAAUGCUUACAAGGCAUGUGUGUAUAUAAUGAACUGCUGUCGCACUAAAAAAGAAGUCCCGUUAAAAGAAACCAGGAGCAAACGUCAUUCGGAACACACUCAAGAGCACCAAGAAUACACAGAAGUAGCUGCCAAAACCAACUAUUGCGAAAUUUUUGAGUUUUGCUCUGGAAUUUUAUGUCUUGUUUCGUUAAUUAUAUUAAUGUUGUGGUUAUUAGUUGUAAUCUAAACAGAAAUUCUUCGUCUUACUCUCCUGUAGAAUGGAAAAGAUUUGAAAAGCGUUUAGUGAAAAAGAGUCCUUUGCUAGAAUCACACAAUCCAACAACUACUUUAUAAUUAUUGAAUUUAUAAGUUGAAAGUGACUUUCAAAUGUUAUGAAAAUGACUUUUACACUAGAAAAAACAACAUGUAUGUCCAAAUUAUGUAAAACAAAUAUAAUUAUAAAUUUAUCAUCCUUUUAUAGUCGAUUUAUGAGGCCAUUUACACAUAUUUAUUAGCUCUAUUCUGAUAAAAAUGUAGGAACUGAUUGUUCUAAUAGUAGGUAAUAUAACUUUGAUUUCUCUCCUUUUUUGGAGCCACGCCCAUAUAUAUUUUAAAUUCAUAACAUUUCUUCAAAUAUCCAUUUCACAAUAAUUACACAACAGUAUAAUAAUAAAUAACUUUAAAUUAAGCACUUAUAAACCAUAUUCAUAUUGUAAGAUACAAACAUUUCAGUUUAAAUAGUGGGACAAAAUUAGAAAUGAUUUAGAUUAGAUUUUCGUUCUCUUCUUGACAACAGAUAUAGCCUUUUAAAAUUGAAUUAUUUACAAACUAAAAUAUAAAACAAUAAAUUCAAAUAAAAACAUUUAAUAAAUCAGUAUAUACGAGCUUGCAUCGAAAGUGUAUUAGAUUUAAAUUUCAGAAACUUAUAUACAUCAAAUUUAGUUCACUUUAUUAAUUAUAAUUAUAGUAUAUACAUUUACAUGUAUUUAUUAAUAAAAAUUCAAUUUCUACUCAUUAUAUAAAAACAAAGAGUUUUUCUUUUACGUUGCCCGAUUUCUUUUCAUCUUUAUUUAAAUUACAUUUAUGAUUUGUAAUUAAGUCCCUAAGUUCUAACUUAAAUAAAUUCUAGAUAUUUUUGGAUUUUCGAUUUUCACUUUUCUUUGCGGAUUUAAGUAAGAAAUAUGAUUUUUUAAAUACAAAAGGUAUGAGGAAAAAGUUUAUUAACAGGCCUGUUUUGAGUUCCAGUAACUAUGUACAAUCAAUUCAAACCAUGCCUAAAUAUUCUUUCAGUAGAAAUGCACUCAGUAAUCACUGCAUUGAAUUUAUACCACGCAGGUUGUAUUGUUAUGCACUUAACUAGAAUUUGCUUUCAUUUUCCAUUUCUAAAUGACAUUUGUUACAUAAAUUGUUAGUUAGUAGAUUCACAUUUUUUAAUCCUUUCUUACAGGCUAAAAUAAAGUGUAAUAUCUUAAAAUUAAAUUAAGCUAGUUUUACCAAGUGCUGCUUAGAAUAUAUUAUCUUUAAAAAAAAAGUUUUUUUGCAAUCGAUAUUUUCAUUGAUGAACGCUAAUAGUAGCAAGUUCAUUAACAAAGCGUGUAUAAUAAUUAGGCCUAUACUAGAGACUUUUAGCUCCUCAGCUGUUAUUAAUCUGUUAUGCACUAUAACACAAUUUGCUUUGCAUCCAGAAUCUAACGAAGAUUUGAAACGAAUUGAUUCACCACCUGAGGUUAUGUAUUUAUGUUCCCAUAUUUGUUUUGUUUUAACCUAAUAAAUUGUAUGUCAGUGGAUCUAAACUGACAGUAUUAAUCACCACUGCAUUUAACAUUAUUUUAUAGAAAUCGGGCAAAAAUUUCAAAUCAACAGGGUCUUCAGAAACUUAAUUUACUAACACUUACUGUGUAUUAAAUUGUAUACAUAUAACACUUCGGGAUACAUUUCCAUUUAAUGAGGCUAUGCAAUAUAACUUAAUAAAUCAAAAAAAAAGAAAGUUAUAUUUUUUUUAUAUUCUUUACAAAAAUAUUGAAUUUAUUUGUUUAUUUAUUUAGAGGACUAAAAUCGUUGAGAGCUAUGCUACACAAUGU